AUGCAUUUUGGAACAACAACAAGUAACAGGGCUGAAGGUGCACAUGCCAGCUUGAAGUUGAUGUUGCGGAACAGUAAGGGUGACCUGGCCACAUCAUGGGAUGCGUCGCAUAGUUUGACCACCAAUCGCCACACUGAGAUAGUAGCAUCGUUUGAGCGCAGUAUGAAUAAAAUUGAUCACCUUUUCAAGACCCCUUUCUACACAAAUAUUAGGGGAUUUGUGUCAAUCAAAUGCCUGAAACUCAUUGAUGCUGAACUGACAAGAAUGCGAGCCUGCGGCGGCAGAUGCGAUUGCUUAUUGAGAGAGACUCAUGGACUACCUUGCGGUUGUCAACUUGCAGAUUAUGAGAGGAUUCCGUACGAGGCCAUUCAUCCAUUCUGGAAGAGCCUAAGUUGGGAGCAUGUACCUGUUGCAGAUACUGGCAGCUCAGAUAUUUGCGGACUAAACCAUGGAGAGAUGCACCCAGAAGUUGAGGCACUGACACGUUAUUUCCAUUCUUUGGAUACUGGAGGGCAGAGUAUGGUAAGGAGGAAGCUUCAAGCGAUAUAUUGUCCUGAAAGGAGUACACUAUGUACUCCUGAGCUUCGGAUAAAGUCCAACCGCACUCCUAGGUUGAAAGAGAGCAAACAACCCAAGGGUCGAGCAAUAGGAUCCUUGACUCGUGAUCCUUCAGCGUUUGAACUUACAGACAAGAAUAUUAAAGAGGAAAAGAAAUCCAUUGCUGCAUUAAUGGGGCAUUCCGCCGGUCAGGACGGUUGGCCUUGGGUUAGGGCUACAUUGAUACAAGAACUUGAGACCAAUGUGGUAAUGUAUAAUAGGAUGUGGGGCACAGAUGUUGUUUAUGGCUUACAUAAUCGUCUCACUCUUCCUAUUGGUGACCCGGCCACCCCUGACAAAUGGUUUCAACUGCCAGAGAUGGGAUACCUUGUUGCCACAAAGUACCAAUUGGUUCUCGUAUCCUUAUCCUCUAUGGGUUGUAACACAUACUUUCCACUGAUAGGAGCCGGCCCACGAUAUGAGCAUUCUGUUAUAGCUAUUGGACAUGUGAUAAAUCACUGGGUACAGCUCCAAUUAACUCCUGGACAUCCUAUGCCGACUAUUGCUCCCCAGUGGGAAUUAGUUGUUAGUUUGCAUGUGAAUGUGAUUAAAUUAAAUUUCUAG